AUGAAGUCUGUUUUAGCAUUGGCCUGUGGGUUUCUCCUCAGUGGUGCAGUCGUAAUGUCGACGGAGGUCAACAGCGAUGGAUUUCUCGAUGCCCAAAGACUUGUGAAGAGACUCAAAACAUCGCAAAUCACAUACUUCCCGGCAGAGAAUUCGACUGGUACCGGAGUUCUCGUUUGUCCCGGAGGCGGAUAUGCCCGCGUGUCCAUAUCAAAGGAGGGCUACAUUCCUGCGGGGUUCCUGAACAAGCUCGGCAUUGAUGCUUGGGUUCUUGACUACACUACUAUUUCAAACGCAACGGCACCGCUCUAUCCAACACCACAAAAUGAGGCACUAGACGCCCUCGAGUACAUCAGAGCGCAGAACCGCACCACCAAACUCGGGAUUUGGGGCUUCUCGGCAGGCGGUCAUCUCUCUGCCGUAACACUCACCAACCCGGAGGCUGGUCUUGAUUUUGGCAUCCUCGCGUACCCCGUCAUUACCCUUGAGGGAAACUACACGCACAAAGGCUCGCGAGACAACCUCAUUGGCGCCAAUGCGAGCGCGGAGUUGCAGCACGAGCUGUCAGCGCAGAAUCGUGUCUCUGGGACCACCCCGCCAACCUUCCUGUUCCAUACUUUUAGUGACACCACUGUUCCUGUGCAGAACACGCUCAUGUUUGCGGAGGCCAUGGCAGUCUACAAGCGGCCAACGCAAGUGCUCAUCAUCCCGGAGGGAGGACACGGACUUGGCUUAGCCCUCGAUGACCCUAAGCGCAGUUGGACACCCGAAUUGGCGCGGUUUUUGAAGUAUUCGAUCUAA